GCCACAUGGUGCAAAAUCUUUCCACCCCUACACUCCAAAAACCCAAUCAGACAAGUGGCCGUAAUCUGACUCCCAGCGUACUGGGAGCCGCAGGGCAGGCAAUGAGAACUGCACUCUGGCCAGGGAAGGCAUGAGUGACAGACCCGCAGCAAGGCGGUGGGGUAAGUGUGGACCGUUGUGGACAAGACAGGACAUCAUGGUGGCUUUCAAAGGGGUCUGGACGCAAGCUUUCUGGAAAGCGGUCACAGCGGAGUUUCUGGCUAUGCUUAUUUUUGUACUCCUCAGCCUGGGCUCCACCAUUAACUGGGGUGGCACAGAGAAACCCCUGCCUGUGGACAUGGUGCUCAUCUCCCUCUGCUUUGGACUCAGCAUUGCCACCAUGGUGCAGUGCUUCGGCCACAUCAGCGGCGGUCACAUCAACCCCGCUGUGACGGUGGCCAUGGUGUGCACCAGGAAGAUCAGCAUCGCCAAGUCUGUGUUCUACAUUGCAGCCCAGUGCCUGGGUGCCAUCAUCGGAGCGGGAAUUCUCUACCUGGUCACACCCCCCAGCGUGGUGGGAGGCCUAGGAGUCACCAUGGUUCAUGGAAAUCUUACCGCUGGCCACGGUCUCCUGGUGGAGUUGAUAAUCACAUUUCAGUUGGUGUUCACUGUUUUUGCCAGCUGUGACUCCAAGCGGACUGAUGUCACUGGCUCCAUAGCUUUAGCAAUUGGAAUUUCUGUUGCAAUUGGACAUCUCUUCGCAAUCAAUUAUACUGGUGCCAGCAUGAAUCCUGCCCGAUCAUUUGGACCUGCUGUUAUCAUGGGAAAUUGGGAGAACCACUGGGUGUAUUGGGUUGGCCCAAUAAUAGGAGCUGUCCUGGCAGGCGGCCUUUAUGAAUAUGUCUUCUGCCCAGAUGUUGAACUCAAACGACGUUUUAAGGAAGCCUUCAGCAAAGCCACGCAGCAAACAAAGGGGAGCUACAUGGAGGUGGAAGACAACAGGAGUCAAGUAGAGACUGAAGACUUGAUUCUAAAACCAGGAGUGAUGCACGUAAUUGACAUUGACCGAGGCGAGGAGAAGAAGGGGAAAGACCCAUCUGGAGAGGUGUUGUCUUCAGUAUGACUAGAAGAUAGCACUGAAAGCAGACAACGUCCGGGAGAAUCCUCAGAUUUCCUUCCACCCAUUAAGGAAACAGAUUUGUUAUAAGUUAGCCAUGUGCAGGUGCAUUUCAUGUCAUAUUACUCAAUCCAAACACAAUAUAUAUUACAUUAUUUACCAAGGAGGAAAGGAGAAAUCAAUUGUGGAUUCCAAAUCUAAAGAAGAAAUCUUUCCAAAGCAUCCCCAAAGCAAAUACAUUUCAAGUUCUUCUUGCUUACUAAUAAGCCAUUUAAAGUGUGUAGGAAGAUUUGGUUAAGUCUUAUCUUACAGAUCUUAUAGACACACCUAUCAAAUUAUUCCCCUUCUGCCAGGAAACUGGCAUUAUCAGUUCUCAUUUAAAUAGUUUUAUCCUAUUACAUUGAGCCUGAUAAUGUCAAAUAUAGUAUGCCACAAAUUCGUACACAUUCAAAGGAAGGGCUAUAAGAAAUUAUUUUAGGGGCAACCCCUUAUUGAUGUACUAAUUCUGCAAAAGAAUCUUGACAAGGGUCAUUGCUAACUGAUUACCUUUAUUUAUACUGCAAAUAUCCUGUUUUCAACCCCAACUUCAAUCCAUAAUAUUCCUUCCUCCUGCUCAUAGCCAAAAGAAAUGUGGGACUAAAACCAGAAAUUUGAAAAGAAUAUUCAGUACCCCAGUAUAUUUACUAGUUCCAUGCAAGAUAAUAUCACAAUCCUAAGUGAUGUGUACUACAUUCAGGACAGGUAGAAGACCUGUGAAACCUUAAGAGGGUAUGGGAAAUUUUACCGUCAUAGAAAGAAAAAAGAAAUACAUAAUCUGGAAUCAAAUGCUUGAUCUGUUUUCAGUGCACAUCUUCAAACACACCACGUGAAAUUAACUAAGCUUUUAACUACUUUGCUUAAUUUUUCUAAUUUAUUGGCAAAACUUGGGGUUUUGUUUGUGACUUUUGUUUUUAAAUAUUAGCUGAGACAUGUUUUUCAUAACAUGGAGCUAACUAGUUGAGUCUCGACUUCAGUUGAUUGCUAGGCUCUGCUCAUUUUGUAAGGUGUUAACUGAUCCUGCACAGUCUCAAUCUCUGUGACUUUGAUAUCUGUUCAUCUUCAUUGCAAAUGUAAUAACAUUAGAGUGAGUUAACAUGCAUGACAGACCAGAUGCAACAAGGCUACAGAGAAGAAAGGUAAGAACAUCUCUACAGUCUGUCUUCUAAUCGACUAGGUGACCAAUAUUUCAUGUCUAGAUAUAUUGCAUUUAUUUUUAAGUAUGCUCCUUACUAACUCUAACUUAAUACUCUGUUUUGCCUUUUGUCAGUUUUAUGUUCUCUAGAGACCCUGGUUUCUAUAAUGUUAACCUUCUGGUCUAGCUUGAUCUUAGACAUAGGACUAUAAGCGUUACAUCAUCAAAUAAAGCCAGUUGUAGGAAAGCAAAAUCCAUAACUGCAAGGAGUGGCUUGUAAAUAGCUGAUAAUCAAGGGCUUUCUCUCUCAAGCGAAGUCCCAACUGUAUGUCAUUUUUGAGUGUUAAAGGCAGUGGUGUGUCAGUGUCAGUGAAAUAAUGGACCACUAUUAAAACCUGAUUCUCUUUGGUGCUAGGAGAGUGAUGAGCAAAGUUCCCAGAGAAUCCUCACACCAGUGUCAUACCUGGGAGUGCCACUGGAAUGUUUUAUGGCAGAUGUCAAAGUCCCAGGACCACAGCUGUACCACACACUACGCUAAUGCGUGGCUACAUCCUGGUCAGUGCCCCCUGCAAAAAGUAAGGUGCAAAUCCUCCAAGGAGCAUCUGUGCCUAUCAUUUCAGCUGUUUGUAUAAUAACCCAUUCAUGACUUAACGUUGUGUGUCAUUCAUUUCAAAGGGCAACAUCAACCAUCAGCAAACAUAUCAGUUCAAAAAUAAGUUCAAUUAACAUGAAAGAACUAAACAGAUUUUCUGAAUAUGCUUAUACAAUACCCAGCUUUAGGCACUUUUUUUCUGCCACAUGGUUUACUUCUUAUACACUCACUUUUAUACUCAACUUGGAAUUAUAGCAUUCAAUAAGUUAGGGUUUUGUAAAAAGAUGAAUUAUGUCUUUCUAGCUUGUUUUUCAGCAUCAAGCAGAAUGCCUGGUACACAGUAGGUUAAUAUAAAUAUGCAAACUCCAUUUGAGCUUUAAGAAUAUGAAUAAUUUUUCUUUUAAUCCUCAUUUUCCUCGGUAUUUAAUAAAAACGUGAUUUCAAGGAUUACUAAAGGAAGGCAAUAUAAAUUUGAAAGGCAUAAAAUAUAUUUUUUGCAUUCUGUUAUGUUUAGAGGCAUGAAAUGAAUGAAAGCUUUAGCAGUUUUUUCCCUGCAUAUGAGACAACAUAUUUUGUAUUUCACUCAAGGCUCUGCCAGUAACAAGUAAUGAAAUCGUACCUUUGUAAUGACAUCUCUGCAGCAGGGGUCUGUUGCCUUAUGGAUGGCACCAAAUUAUCCAAGUGUGUUGGGAAAGGAGGGCUUUUUCCUUUAAUCUCUUCUUAUUAAUGAAGUGCAGAGUGCCGCUCCCAAGUGACUGCUGCUGACAGUUACACAGAGGGGAGAUCAGAGAAAAACCGGAAGACAUAAAUGAAUUCUAUCCAGCCAUGGAACAAUGCCAACUGCUUUUCCCCUGAGAACAGCCACCCAGGCCUCGAAAAAGGGCAAAGUGGUCCUUACCCAAAUGGACAAGUGCAACAGGGCAAGUAUUGUGGCUUUUUUUUUUUUUCAGCCCUGUCUUCAAAACUUGAAGCACAGAUUUUAGAAGAUAUUUCCCAUUUUGAAAGGGGACAUUUUCUUGAGAGAACUAACCUUUUACACAGGAAGUGUUUUUCAGAAGCGAAUUCUUUAUCUACAUUGAAGGUGUCUACACUUUUUCCUGAAAUUUGAUAGUUUUCACAAGUGCCUGUAGUGCCUUUCUAUCAUCUGUGCCUUUUUCUAACGCAUAAAGGAGCUAGCUAGAACUACUGCCCUGUGUUGCAGAUUUUAUAAGGAGAUCAGGAAUGCUGAACAAACACAUCUGAUGGAAUUUAGUUAUCAGGCUUAUUAGAAAUUUCAGGUCAAAUAGGACAGACUAGUUUUUGAAAGGCAUAAGACCAGGUGACACAUGUUUUGGUUUAAACUUGAUAAUGACAGGAAUACUCCAAAACAGAGAGUCAAAUACAAAGGCUGAAAUUAACCCCAGCAAUGCCCUUGGUUGUAAGCAGGUGGGCACCAUCCUGGACAUUUGGCAGAAAAGUUGCCUUUGGAACAACUGAAGAUGAGAGUGUGAGCUGAAUAGAUACCUUGUCAAAUAUGUAAAUACCAAGCGUAAGAUUUGGGGGAAUAUGUAAAUUCAAAACAUCACAGGCCUGAAAGUAAUUCUGUCUUUCCUAGUGUGUUUGUGGCAUGAGCAUAAUUUGGAAGCUGUGUAGCUCUUCUCUGGAAAGUGUAAGGUAAUAAAACUCACUUCCUCUACUUUCUGUCCUAUGAGUUCACAGUUGUGUUUUAAUGUUUGACAGAUUGUCCCAUACUGGCCAGAACUUUUGGAACUCUUAAUUUUCUGAAACAAAUAAAAGUUGUUUAAUUCCAAGAUCAGAAACUAUAACCACUCAUAUCUGCAAAUAUUUACCAUAGUCUGUGAAAAAUUAAAUAAAUAGUACAUAAUAAAUGCAAUGGCCACAAAACUUAAAAGCAGUUAUAAUGUUACCUGUCCAAGUUGAAAAUUAAAGACCUAAACACUGCACCUAAUUUAUAUAAUUCAUUGUAAUAAAUUUCUAGAUGGUCUUCAAGAUUCAUUAAAUAAAAUUCACUUAGUAAAUAUAAAAGCAAUUCUUCAUUACUUUUAUGACCCAAAUCACAAUGAGAUUGUAAUUCACAAUAAACUAGGGAGAAUAACUGAACAUAUGGUUAUACUCACAAUUAUUUAUUAACUGAAAUGCUUUCUCAACAUUAUAGUCAAUAUGAGAGAUAUUGAAAGUAUAAUGUCUAAUAUUUAAAAUGAAAUAUUAAAGUCUUAACAUUGUGGUUGCUUCCCAUGAAUAAUGCUACAUCUCAUACUAUCAAACUUGUACAAAUAAACUUCUAAAUGUUUUAAAAGA